UUCUCCAUAAACGUAGUGUGGUUGUUAAGACAACCUUCUCUUGCGUAGCGUUGCCCUGUUGUCCCCACCCUACCGCGAGUGAAAAGGACGUAAGCAUAAAAUCUCAGUGCAUCUCAUCUGCAGAGUGAUCUAUCAGAGCACGGAACAAAGUAGCGACAGCGCGUGCCACAGAUCAAUAUGAGUGAAAUACGUUCGCCGACUGGAAGUGCCUCGUCAUGUCAACGCAGCGGUUCCCUUACUAAUUUGUCAAAUACGAAAUUUUUCUUGGAUAGUGAUGAUUCAACACCAAAAGUCACUCUGAGGAAAAGGAAAGAACCGGAUGAAUAUUCAGAAAUUAAAAAAGAAUUGUCUGACAUCCAUGGAAAAAUGGACAAAAUUAUGAACUUUUUAAUGGAGUCGACAGCGAAUACGCAAAAAAUAUCUGAAGAUGUGACAUUAAUUAAAGAGCAGAUGAGCGAAAUUAAAAUUUCUGUUGCUAAUGUAAUUGAAGAACAAAAUUCCGUAAAAUGUGAAUUGAAAGAAGUACAAAAUUCAUUACAAAUCUCCAACACGAAGAUAGAAACUUUUGAACUGGAGCUACAAGAAGUCAAAGAAAAGGUAGUGGGGUCUUUAAAUUCACCUGCUGACAUCACCUAUCACAGUGAAGCAAUAAUAACAGAACUCAGGGAACGCAAUGUACGAGAAAAUAAUAUCAUCAUACGAGGGCUACCAGAGUCUAGUGCUACUGAAGUGAAAGAAAGACUUAUUUCGGAAAAAGCUGAAGUAAUGAAAAUCAUACGAAAUAUAUAUAAUGAAUCACCUGAACCAGUUAAACUGUUUCGUCUAGGAAAAUACGAUUCAGCCAAAUCUAGACCUGUUAAAGUAUGCUUCGCAAGUAAGGAUGUAGCAAUACAAAUUCUUCGAAAUAAGAAAAAUGCUCCUACGGAUGGCAUAAAUAUAUAUUCUGAUCAAACACCUGCCCAACGUUUGCUAAUGGAAAAGAUAAAAGAAGAACUUAAACUCCGUUCCCAAAAUGGCGAGCAGGAUCUCACAAUAAAAUAUACAAAAGGAGUACCUAAAAUAAUCACGACUGUUCAAAAAAACAGCAAUCGAUCAGGCAAACAAGGGGCUAUGAAAUUAUAAAAAACAACAAAAUUUCGCAUCAGCUUGUUA